GCUGGCGGAGACGGUCAUCGUCAACAAACAGACCGCGUGGGAGGGAGUAGAUUCGACGGACGAGCGUUGCCCCAAGUGUUCACAUCCACGCGCGUACUUCAGGCAAUUGCAGACAAGAUCCGCGGAUGAGGGUAUGACCUUGUUCUACAGAUGUUGCGAUCAUUCGUGUGCUCACACUUGGCGAGUCAAUACGUAAAUCAGCAGAGGCAAGCAAUUCAAAGCAUUCGAGGUAUCAUGAGUCCCAGGUCAAUGGGCCCUAUGAAAGUCAACAUGAACAAGGCCAAGAACGAACUGAAGCUAAUCGGACCGCAGGAGAAGCACUGGUUCUGCAGUGGCGACCGAAGCGUCGCGAUGGCGGCGCAGUUGCUGCUGCAGGGUAAGGUGAUCGCUAUUCCGACCGAUACGAUAUAUGGUCUUGCUGGCAUGGCCCUUAACCCGCACGCUGUCCAGCGACUGUAUGAGAUCAAGCGGCGGGAUGGAAGCAAGCCACUGGCGAUUUGUCUUAGCAAUGUCAAAGAGAUUGGCAUAUGGGGAAUUCUGGACGACAUGCCAUCUCGUAUGUUGGAGUGUCUGCUUCCUGGGCCUUACACGAUAUGCCUGCGACGCACGACCGCUCUUCCACAAACAUUCAAUCCUGGUCUAGAAACUGUAGGGAUUCGCGUGCCCGACAACAAGUUUGUGCGCAGCGUUGCGCAGAUUGUUGGUCCACUGGCACUUACCAGUGCCAACAUUAGUAACGAACCGAGCAAUCUACAUCCGGACGAAUUUCGCGCGCUAUGGCCUGAACUCGAUGGUAUUUUCCACGAGCAGUUCAACCAAAAAAAGCAACUGGAUCGCCGACGAAUUGGCUCCACCGUGGUGGAUCUAUCGAGGCCAGGUUAUUAUAGAAUUGUGCGCCAUGGUAUUGCAGCGAAUAACAUAGUUGGUACGUUGAACAAGUACAAACUGAAGAAAAUUACAGAUAAUAUGUGCACCUCGUGAGUAAUGUAAAAGGCCAUUAAUUAUUAUAUUUAACCAUUGUAUAAUGUUUAUAAAAAAUACAAUAAAAAAAAUUAUUUUAUCUCAUUA